CCGGGCAGGAGCGCUUCUCGGCUCCUUUGCCGGACAACGGCGCCCUGCCCCGCGAUGGGGCGGGCGGCUCUGGGUGUCGCCCCCCUCAUGGUGUCACCCGGGUGCUGUGCGCACUGCCUGGACCCCCGUAGUGACGCCACUGCUCUGCCCGCUUGGACCCAGGGGUGGGCAGCUGCAGGGGACCCUCUCCUUCCUCCUCCUCCUCCCCCCCCCGCCGGAGCACUCACCUCAGCCACCCCGACACCCACCGCCACUGCAAAGCCCUGCCCCGCUCGCACUACACCUCGGCAUGGUCGCACAGCCAUCCAACGUUCCUCAUCUCAUUCCAUGGAUGGCAUGUACAGUGCAUUGUGGGAGCCCAGCCAAGGACUGGUCCAGUUCAGUGGGGUAACGUAUGUGGAUGGCCAGCUCGCUACUUACUACGACAGCCAGACGAGGCGGGCCCAGCCUCGCAUCUCAUGGAUGAAGAAUGUGGAGAAGUACUAUCCUCAGUUCUGGGAUAUAAACACUUGGAGAUUUCAGAGCAGCGAGCAGAGGUUCAGAAGGGACCUGGUGAAUCUGCAAAAACAUUACAACCAGACCAGAGACCCUCCAAUGGUGAAAGUUACACUCAUGGCAGGUCAUGAUGGGCUGGAAACUCUCAUCUGCCAGGCCUACGGCUUCUACCCCAAGGAGAUCGACACCACCUGGAGGAAGGACAGGGAGGUCUUGGAGCAGCAGACUUUCCGCAGGGAUGUGGCACCCAACUCAGACAGGACGUACUACGCCUGGCUCAGCAUCCAGAUAGACCCUGAGGACAAGGACCACUACAGGUGCCACGUGGAGCAUGAUGGUCUUCUGGAGCCUCUAGACGUGGCUUUCAGGGAGCCUGGGAGGAAAGAGAGACUCCAGGAAGAGACCCUGCAGCAGCAGCAGCAGCAUCGGUUACAGUGAGGACACCCAGGAGGAAACUGUUCGUGUUUUAGCGUGCAAAGCAGGUGAAAAGUUGGAGGAGGGGGACGCCAAAACUAUUGGGGUGGGAAAUGUUACUUCUGGAAGGGACAGCAGAUUCCCUUUACGGCGCCCCAGUUUAUUGCUGUGGUAAGAGUAUACCAGAAAAUAUUUUGUAAAAGUUGUACGAGCAGUUAAUCAACAGAAUGAAAAAUACACCUGAACGCAAAGAAAAUCAAUGUUUGAGGGUCACUCAAGGCCUUUUUAUGUAUUUCAAGCUCCACUACAGGCCUGCGAUACCAGGAUCUGGAGAUCCUUCUUUAAGAGAAUACUCUGUGGUAUUUGGGCCAGUGCAGAGCAGGCCCUGCUUUGCCCUGUCAUCUCAUUCCUUCGGUCAUGGAAAGAGUCACGCCCCCUCCCCAAGCUCCAGGUCUACCCACUGAGAAACAUGGUAUGUCUCUGGUCAGAGAGGCUACAUCUUCCUCCAGAGAAAGACUGGAGUUGUGUACAUGCCAUGAAUUUGAAACACUUUCUCCGCCACACAAAAAAGAGUCCUGAGAACUGUAGUUUACCCUUCACAGACCUAUCGUUUCCAGCACCCUUAAAAAAUUACAGUUCCCAAGAUUAUUGGGGAGGAACAUGUUUUACAUGUAUAAUGUAUAUGUAGCCUCAGUCUUUGGAGACUGCAGGUCUCUCCUUUGAGAAAAGCCAUGGGUUUGAGUGAAGCCAGUCAUAGAAUCAUAGCAUUGUAGAGUUGGA